UUAUUGUUCCCGUGUGCCUCACUAGUCUGAUUGUCCUCGUACAAUUGGCGGUUAUUGGCUACGUAGCUUUCAUGAAAUCUAAACUACCAAACCAAACUGAAGACGAAAUGCAAGCACUUAAACGAAUGAGAAAUGUGUUUCAGGGUCUGUUGCUUCUUGCACCAGCUGUUGGCAUUUCGUGGAUUUUUGGUGUCAUCAUCAUUUUUUGUGACUGGAAGAUCAUGGAAUACAUUUAUGUUAUAUUAAAUUCCAUGCAAGGAUUCUUCGUCUGGCUUUCGCAGUGCGUCUUUAGCAAUGAGGUGCGACAAGCAUUCAAAAAGAAGUUUGCUAGUCGGAUAACGCAGGAAAGUAACACGACUACUGUAAGGAGUGUUACCCACAACACCGGCCGUAUCGUUGUUGAAGACAUGUAAACACAGAUUUUGAGUGCAUGAUUAUUCGUUAGACAAACUUUGGUGACUAAACUAAAUUUAUAUUAUUAAUACGUUGUUGUUGGUGAGGUGACACAACACCUUUAUGUUUAAACCAAUUGUUGGCCUAUACUGUUACCUUAUAAAUUAAAUGUACUAAUUUAUUACAUCUUGGUAUAAUAUAUUUUAAUAACAUGUUUGUUCUAUAUAUAUAAACCAACUUUUAAUACUUUACUUAUUUUGAAGUGUACUAAAGUUAUAGGCCAUAAAUGGGUUUAUGGAUAUUGAAUUGGCAAGUAAUGCCUGAAAACCAUUGCUGUAAUUAUUUUUACUCUAAUAAUAGAGGGCAGCUUAGCUCGGCCGUCAGUUGGAUGUAGGCUAAUAUUUGAAAUUUCAAUAACUCACUGUCAUUCGGAUGCAAUUUUUAAUCAUGUUGGUUUCGUGUGAUCGUUGUUGUAAGCGCCUCGAGGUUGGUUUCGAUGGGAGGCGCUAUACAAAUUUAUUGAUUUGUCCUAGUGUUAGAAACUUUCGCAGAGCGCCACCAGCGCUCUGCGAAAGUUGGAUAGCGCUUUGUAGCAAAGUCAGAUGUGUGGACUAGCUUGUACAAUAACUUAGGCGGAACUUUUUUUAUUACUUGUUUCGCGUAUUGAUUUUUUAAAGAUCAUCGGAGGAGGGCGGAAUAAAAAGAAAAAUAAAAGUUUGUUUUCUUAUUUAGCAAACAGAUUUUCCAAAAACAUCCAG